AUGAUCUAUGAUCAGCAUCAAUGUGACAAAACUGAUUGGCUGUUUGUUGGAUUAGGACGUUCACCAGCAGUUUCACUGUUUGAAUAUGGAAAGAUUAAAGGAGCAGCUGCAUUUAAACCAGUCAGACUGAGAGUUACAGAGAAAUGUUCUCUGGUUGUAGAGAAGGUCACACAUCAGCAUGAAGGUCUUUACGUCUGCAGACAGUUUGAUGGAUCAGAACAAAUAGGUGGAGAUGCUCACGUUGACUUGUCUGUUGUUUCCAACUCUGAACAUCAGAACACAGAUGAGGUGACUUUAAGCUGCUCUGUGCAGAGAUAUGGUUCAUGCAGACACACAGUGAAGUGGCUGAAAACUAACACACAGUCACAGAGUGACUGUUCUGCUACUGUGACGUUCACCACAUCUCAGCUUCAGACGCUUUCAGACUCACUGACGUGUGAAGUGACCGAUGAUGACGGGAGGAAGCAGACGUUUCCCUUCAGACGAUCAGCGACUGCUACUGAACCAACACCUUCAGAACCCUCAGACGUGGUCUCCUCCACCAGCGCUACUAAACCACCACCACCAACAACAACAACACCAACCACCGAGCCUCCACCUCCAGAACCCUCAGACGUGGUCUCCUCCACCAGCAGACGUGACCCAACCAAACCACAGGGCGACACAACAGGAACCAAAGCAUCAGCAGAGACAACCAGCACCGACCCAGACCCUCACACAGGUUUCCCUCAUGUGCUGAGGUCCAUCAUGGUGUCUGUGGCUUUAGCAGCGCUGAUCAUUUCUGUUGUUACCGUCAACAUGUGGACGAGAACUAAAGGGAACAAGAAGCAGAUGGAAGAAAUCUGUGUGUGUGAUGACGAUGAAGUGAACUAUGAGAACGACGGAGUCUCGUCUGCUUCAGUCUGACGUUUUUUUUUUGCCUCUGUUUAUUUCUUCUUACUAUUAUUAUUAUAGUCGCUCUAAAGGCUGAAACUUUUACCUAAAUACAUUGCAACAGAAGUUUUCACAAAAUGUUAAACGGUUAUAAAGAAUAAAACAAGACACAGUUGA